AUGUCUUUUCCCCAGGAUCAACGCCGCCGCGGUGGAGCUGGCGCUGGCUUCAGCGCAACUGGCCGACGGACGGCACUGGGGUACUGGCUUCCUCUAGCACUCACAGUGGGAGUCGCAACUAUCAGCAUUGCAGCAUGGGUUUGGAGUGAACGAAAUGAAGACGAUGACGACGACCACCCUUAUGACCAAGGAGGCCACUACCGGCCGCCGCCGCCGGUCAAUGUCGAAGGUAGCUGCCCACCUUCAUACACCACACAAGAUUAUACAAGGGGCACAGAGGAGGACGAACUAGCACAUGGCGAGCAUUCUUACGAUCCUAGCUUCAUGGCUCGUAUGCAGGGUGCUUUGCGCCGGACUCCGAGUCCACAGCAGAUCUUCGAUGGCGCGAGCCGGAGAGUUGUGGCCGGAGUAACCGCUGCUGGACAGUUUGUUGGCGGUGCACUCACAUCAAUCCGGGAAGAGAAUCGGGGCGACUUUGAGGAUCAUUCCAGAUGGUCUGAAGAGGCCCAAUCCAGGGCCACCGAAAGGGUCCAGCAAGAGGCUGAUAUUGAACCGACUAUGAGCGGCGCUCUUCCUCAUUUUGGAAAAGGACAGCAUUCAUUUGAUAAAAAGAAGAAGAUUGUGGCUGUAGUCGUAUCCUCCCUCUUACCCGAUAACGCUGACGAAUUUACUUCCUCCCAACAUGCAUCAAUUCUUUCUCACCUUCCUGAACAUGUGGAUCUGGAUGAUUCCCGUAUCUUUGUCUUGAUCUAUGCCCCUGGCUUGAAGCAUGCAGUUGGCCAAGCCAGUGCUUCCCAGCCGACACAAUCAAUAACCUCCUCGUAUUCAAAUAUCGCGACUGAGGAAGCCACGUCUCCAGGGGAAAUGAUUGAUGGGAAUCUAUCUGCCGUGGAUCCUCGCCAAGAAGAUGAUUUCGAAGGUGCAAACCCAUUCUUCCGGAAUCUUUAUACGCAAGCCCAAACACUCGUCGAAAAGGAGAGUAUGAUUAUGCCUUUCAGUACAGCCACUGGAUACGUUCACCUUGUGCGCCAUCUUGCGCCUGAUCUAGUCUUCGUUCAGGAAUCCCUGACUGGCGACACCGGUGACGCAGUCCAGCACAUCGCUGGCUGGGUUCGACAAGUCAUCGUCGUUGUUGGAGACGAGGGUGGCCGUGGAGGACUCAUUGAUAGUGAUGAUGAGUCGGCCCUCGCCGACAAGGGCGAACGAUGGUGGCAAAAAGAAGGCACCACUGGUAUUGGAAAACGAAUUGAUGUUGUUGAUGUCCUCCGUGUAGGUGAUGACUGGCGACGUCGUGUGAGAGGCUUGGACUAG